GAAAUAACGACGCGAUAGAACCCGGGGGAGCCUAACAGCCAGACAGCCUAACAGUUCAUACGUGUAGUUGCUUUCGCCUUUCCCACAAUUAUUACUUGCCUCAUUACAACUACGAACUGCUAUUACGACAUACGACAAUUCCCAAUCACCAUUCUAUCUACCAUCUACCUUAGACCUACCUAGGUACCACUCUACUGUAUCUAGUCGAAUCAAUUGCGCAGUUAAAAAUUACAUCUUCAUUCAUUUGUCUAUUUCUUCCUUCUUCCCAGCUUCUAAUUCCGCUUCUAUUCCUCUUCCAAUCCCUCUUCUAAUUCCCAUGCCUUAAUUCAAAUCUGACCCCCAUCUUUAUACAACCUAAGGUUAGGUACCUAAAUAAUAAUAUACCCCCAAUCAUGUCGCGAUCCAUCGAUCAUCUUAGAGGGGGCCCAUCACGACCGCCAGCCAACCUCCAGCAACCAACCCAAACCAAGUUCUCGUCACCUCCGAAAUGGAUUAAUAUGUACGGCGACUUUAUUACAAAAAAUGCCCACCAAGUCUCUCAGAUAGAGAGUGCGCUACGAUCCCUGACCUAUAUUAUACCCGGUCGGUUUCGCGACGCUGAGAUCGCCUCCGAGACCUUGCACUCAGGGAUCCAGUUGUUAUCCCUCUAUCAUGAUGCUGUUCUUCGCGGCGCUGUCACCAAGAUUCCCGCCCUGGCUUCCAAAAUACCAAACCCACAUACCCGCUACACUAGAUUCUGGACAGCGAAGAGCAAGCUAUAUCGGAGAAUAGCUCUGUUGCUACAGGUUGUUCAGUAUACCGAGCUGUUAUGGGAGAUGGCUGCGAAGCGUAAGGGGGAAAAGGUUCGCUGGCGUGUUAUUAUCCUCAUAGAAGUUAUCAAAGCCGUCUGUCGCCUAUUAUUAAUGCGAGUUACCAAUUCGAGGCCGCUUGUCACGCCAGCGCUACCCGAACGGGACCCUAUUCCCCCGGAAGUAAACGAAGAAGACGAAGCCACGCUGAAGGAGCUAAUGGGCGAGGACACAUUCUCCGAAGAUAUGCAUAGGUCGACAAAGGGCGCUGACGACAAAGAAUGGACGAUGCCGCGAACCGGAACUACUCUUCCAAGUUUGCCAAAUCCUAGCGACAUCAGCUCUUACUUAAUGAGUCGCGUCUUAACGGCAGAUGACAUCAAACCCGCAGCAAAACUUCUAAACACACUUUCGCGUUCUGGACAAACUGCCGAGAUAUUACACAUUCUCGCUCCUUUGGUAUUCGCCAUUUCGCUGUCGAGAUACAAAGAUAAGAGAGCUUGGACACCUUGGAUACUCGGAUUUGGCAUGGAAUACGCAGCACGGCAGCUACGUGACAGGAGUCUACGCAGCACUGCCUUGGAGAACGAAGAAUGGGGUAAGAGGUAUUGGGCAGCUGGUUGGUGGAUUAUGAGGGGUGCAUUCUACGAGCAUUGCACAAAGGGACUAAUAGCUGGAGUGCGUCGUCGCAUGCCUAGUCUGGUCGCUGGUAUACUGGAAGAUUACGAGUAUCUGUGGGAUAACUAUUACUUCAGCACCAGCCCUUGAUGGGUAUGGUCAAGAGCGUUAACACUACCUGGAAACCCGCAGUUGUGCGGUGUGUGGUGUGCCGUAUUCUCUGGGAUCCUUGGGCCUAUACCGGACUUAUCUUUUUCGACAUCUGAGAAUUGUGUACCAGGUUUCCAAAUUGCCACUUCACGCGACGAGACCGGCUCCGUCCAUAAUCUAAGCUGGGCCAAUUAUUUUCUUGCAUUCUU